CUAGCUACCUCCCCCUGGCGAGUCAAUAAUGGAGAACACCAUCCUCCCUACAAUGGUGCUCGCCGCCCUCUUCCUCUUCCUCUUUCUCAAAGCCACUUUCCGUCACGGCAAGAAGUACAACCUCCCGCCUGGCCCGAAACCUUGGCCGAUCAUCGGCAACUUCGACCUCAUCGGCGCGCUACCACACCGCUCCAUCCACGAGCUCUCCAAGAAGUACGGCCCGCUCAUGCACCUUCGAUUUGGCUCCUUCCCUCUCAUUGUUGCCUCGUCGGUCGACAUGGCCAGGUUCUUCCUCAGGACCAAGGACAUCCUCUACGUCGACCGCCCUAAGACGGCCUCCGGCAAGUACACCACCUACAACUACGCUGACAUUACAUGGUCGCCCUACGGCGCCUAUUGGCGCCAGGCGCGCCGCAUCUGCCUCACCAAGCUCUUCAGCCCACGCCGCCUCGCACUCAUGGCGCACAUCCGUGUGGACGAGGUGCACGCCAUGGUGCGUGACAUAUUUGCGGUGUCUGGGCCCAAGCGCGUCGUGCAUCUCUAUAGGGACCACAUGUCGACGCUGAGCUUGAACGUGAUCACACGAAUGGUGAUGGGGAAGCGGUUGUUCGCCGACGGCUCGUCGGAGGGGCCGGUGCCGUCGAUGGAGGUGUUCAGGUGGAUGAUGGACGAGCUGUUCCUGCUCAACGGCGUGCUCAACAUCGGCGACUGGAUCCCAUGGCUGGACUGGAUGGACCUGCAGGGGUACGUGCGGCGGAUGAAGAAGGUGGGGAAGAUGUUUGACGCGCUCAUGGAGCACGUACUCGACGAGCACAGCGUAGGCGAGCACCGCCGUCGCGACGGCGAGGCGGCGAGGGACAUGGUGGAUGUGCUCAUGGACAUCGCCGACGACCCCAGCCUCGAGGUCCCGCUUGGCCGCAUCGGCGUCAAGGCUUUCACACAAGACCUUAUCGCCGGCGGCACGGAGAGCUCGGCCGCCACCGUGGAGUGGGCCAUGUCAGAGCUCCUGAGGAGGCCGGAUGCCUUCGACGUGGCCACCAAGGAGCUAGACCGCAUCGUGGGCCGCGGCCGCUGGGUGAUGGAGGAGGACAUGCCGAACCUGCCCUACAUCGAGGCCAUGGUGAAAGAAACCAUGCGCAUGCACCCCAUCGUCCCGCUCCUCAUCCCGCGCGUCGCCCGCGAGGACGCGGCCGUUGGAGGAUACGACGUUCCCAAGGGUGCGCGCGUGCUCAUCAACGUGUGGGCCAUGGGCCGGGACCCGGAGCUGUGGGACGCCCCGGAGGAGUUCAGGCCAGAGAGGUUUAUUGGGAGCAAGAUCGACGUGAAAGGGCAGGACCUGGAGCUUCUUCCAUUCGGGUCAGGCCGGCGGAUGUGCCCCGGCUACAACCUCGGGCUGAAAGAGGUGCGCCUUAGUCUGGCGAACCUACUGCACGGGUUCACCUGGACACUGCCGGAGGGGAUGAGUAAGGAGGAGCUGAGCAUGGAGGAGGUGUUUGGGCUAACCACCAGCCGCAAGUACCCGCUGGAGGUCGUCGCCGAUCCCAAGCUCCCUGCUCAUCUCUAUCUUUGAGUUUGAUAUGCGUCAUGCAUGUGUUAUGGUUCGUCAGAAUACUAGUCUAUUCCGCCAGUCUUUCUGCAACAAAAAAUAAGGGGUAGCUUGAUUGCUCAAGACAAGUCUAUAGACCAAACCUAGUUACCUCAAGUUUAUACUAAACCAGCGAUAAAUAAUAUGGAUCGGGAGUACUAUAUAAAUGGGAUAUCAAAGUUAGCCAUCUUGUAAAGUCAAUAAUUGGCAUCACCCCGUGACCGGGUCAAGAUGCAUUUUACUA